GAAGGAACCUUCAUUGUAAUUGGCUAACCUGCGCGGCAAGGCCCGCCCCUUUGGAUUAGUGGUUGGCUGAGGGAAGCCCUUCCGGUGACGCACUUCCGUUGCUUCCUCUGUGGACCGUGGGCCGCCGGGGUCGGUGAAGGAUCUCAAGAUGGCUGGGCGAAAACUUGCUCUAAAAACCAUUGACUGGGUAGCUUUUGGGGAGAUCAUACCCAAAAACCAGAAGGCCAUUGCUAACACGCUGAAAUCCUGGAAUGAGAACCUCACCUCCAGGUUGGCAACUCUCCCCGAGAAACCUCCUGCCAUCGACUGGGCUUACUACAAGGCCAAUGUGGCGAAGGCCGGCUUGGUGGAUGAGUUUGAGAAGAAGUUUAACGCCCUGAAGGUGCCUGUGCCACAGGAUAAUUACACUGCCUUGGUGGACGCUGAAGAAAAAGAAGAUGUGAAAAAUUGUGCUGAGUUUGUGUCUCUCUCAAAGUCCAGGAUUGAGCAAUACGAGAAAGAGCUGGAGAAGAUGAAGAACAUAAUUCCAUUCGACCAGAUGACCAUAGAGGAUUUGAAUGAAGUCUUCCCAGAAACCAAAUUAGACAAGAAGAAAUAUCCCUACUGGCCUCACAAGCCAGUAGAGAGUUUAUAAACCCGAGUCUGAGAGGAAGCUCUGGUCGUUGUGUUAUGAACUCUCUGGACAUUAAAGAUUAUCAGAUGGC